CAUGCAACUGUGAAGAAUAUGCGACAGAAGCCCCAGGCCCUGGUUCAGAGAUGUUUCCGACAGCUCUUCUUACUCGAAAGCGUCGGCGGCCUGAAGUUGCCUUCGUUGGGGGUCGCGAGGAGGUGAAGUUCAGGGAUGUGAGACUGUUCCUGGUGGAGAGGAGGAUGGGAAAAAGCAGAAGGAAUUUUCUGUCUAAUCUCGCCAGAUCUAAGGGCUUCUGCGUAGACGACGCUCUCAGCGCUGAUGUGACGCACGUCGUGUCGGAGGGGAACGCGGCGCAGGAGCUGUGGAGCUGGCUCGAGGAGCAGGGCUUUAGAGAGACUCAUGAUAAACACGUGCUGCACAUCAGCUGGUUUACUGAGAGCAUGAGUGCAGGCCGGCCCGUGCCUGUGGAAAUCAGACAUUACAUACAAAAUCCCACUGUGGAUCAGAGGUCGUGUGCGCAUCCGUCAGCCAAACCUGAGUCUGCUGUGUCUCCGUACGCUUGCCAGAGACGAACGACAUUGGAUAACCACAAUAAGAUCUUUACAGAUGCGUUGGAGGUGCUGGCGGAGAACAUGGAGCUCUGUGGGAAUCAGGGGCCGAGCCUGGCCUUCAGAAGAGCUGCAUCCGUGCUCAAGAGCCUCCCUGCUGCCCUGAGAUGCCCGGAGGAGACGCAGCAUCUGCCCUGCCUGGGAGAACAUAGCAGGGCCAUCAUAGAGGAGAUCUCUGAAUGCGGCUCUUCCUCCAGAGUUGAGGAGAUACUGAAUGAUGAGAGGUAUCGGACUAUGAAGUUGUUCAGCAGUGUCUUCGGGGUCGGACCCAAAACGGCUGAGAACUGGUUCUGUAGAGGACUGCGGACAUUUGAACAGGUCCUGAGCGAACCCAGCAUCAGACUGAACCGCAUGCAGACCGCAGAUGCUCUCCAUUCUGUUGUUUUUGCUGCCCUUGGUCCUUCGGGCUCGCCGAUGGUGAUGAGAAUUAUGGGAAGAGAGGCACUCGACUGCUUUAAAACCUACAUGGGCUCAUCUCGACAUGUCACGCUUCAGAUCAGAUUUCUGAUGGUUUGUGUGCUUUGUAAGGAAAGGGGGAAGGAGUUCGGUCACGAUGUGGACUUCAUCAUUAAAACAACUGAGGCCGGACAGGAGGACGUGAUUCUGCCCGCCGUGAUCAAGCGAUUCAAAAGCCAGAACAUCCUGCUGUACUCAGACCUCCAGGAGUCGACCUUCGACCUGCGGAAGCUGCCGACUCACUGCUUUGAGGCCAUGGAUCAUUUCAGCAAGUGUUUCCUGAUCAUAAAGCUGAAGCGCGAGCAGGAGACGGAUGCGAGAGCGGGAAAGGACUGGAAAGCGGUGCGUGUGGAUCUGGUGGCUCCGCCGCUGGAGCGCUUCGCUUACGCCCUGCUGGGAUGGACAGGAUCCACGCUGUUUGAAAGAGACCUGAGACGGUUCGCCAGAUUGGAGCGAGGAAAACUGCUGGACACUAUCUUUGAGCUGUACUUCCAUGACAUGAAAAAGCUGGGAAUUGUUGAAUAUGGAGGCCGUAUUUAG